AUGGCGUCACCAGCUCGCCCAGCCACGGGCACCCGCGUUACAAAGUCACAACCCCGUGCUGUUCAACUCACAUCCGCUACAGUCACACCCGUCCGGAGCGCCAUACGCCACGAGGCGUAUCGUGCCGCUCCUAGCAGCACACCCCUGACAGCCCAGCACCGUCUGAUCCAGCUCCCUGUCUUCUCGCACUCGCCUCCAGCCGUGUCCAGACUCCAACCCGCCACUAGGCGCUGCACUGGAGUGCCAACGGGAAGAAGAGCCGUUACCAGCGCGUCUCGAGUGUCGCGAAGCGUGCCUCGUGCUGCUCACGGGGAUGGUGCAACGGAAACCGCUGCUGGUGCCGAUGCGAAUGGAAAGCCUGAGGAUGGGAGUGAGUAUCUUGCCACUGAUCCCCGGUCCACGCGCGGGGUGACUAAGUCGGUCGCGGAGGAGGCGAGGGGAUACCUGGAGAAGGCAGAGGAGGAUUUCCUGCAGUUCACGCAGCACCUGGGGCGAGCACUCAUCCUCACCACCAUCCCUGGGGUUGUUUUGGAAACCCUUCGUGAGCUCUCAGGCUCGAGGGUGCAAGGCUGGGACGUUGUCUGGUUCUGCUGGGCGGCAGGGCUUGUCCUGGGGUGCAUGGUCGGGGUGGGCGAGGUCAUGCAGAAGCACCAGAGGCGGCGCGCUGCCGCCCGCCUGCCGCCCAGAAGAGUUGUCCUGACUGGGGGCUCCAGGGGCCUUGGCAAGGCUAUGGCUCGAGAGUUCCUAUUGGCUGGUGAUGACGUGUUGCUGACAUCAAGGAGUGAGCAGGGGGUGGAGGAGGCACUGAGAGCACUCCAGCAGGACACGUGGCACAUCACAGGGCGCGCCCCCCUGGCUGUGCUGGUCAAGGCUGGGUCCAAUCAGACGGAGUCAACGCAGUCAAGCAGGGAGGUGUGGGAGCUGCCCCGGGCUCAUGGGGAGCAGCAGCAGGAGAAGCAGCAGGAGAAGCAACAGGAGAAACGGCACCGUGAGCCGCAGGAUGAUCAUCGACAGCUGUCUGGGCGGCAGAGAGUGGUUGGGAUUGCCUGCGACGUACGGUCGGCAAAAGACGUCCAAAUGCUUGCUGACGUGGCACGGCAGGAGCUGGGGCGAGUCGACAUCUGGGUGAACAACGCGGGCACCAACCCCAUGGCGAAGCCCUUUGUUGACUUUGAAGACCACGAGCUGGAGCAGGUGGUUUCCACCAACCUGCUGGGCUCACUCCUCUGCACGCGGGCAGCAAUGCGCCUCAUGCAGCAGCAACCACCCUCCCUACCAGACCAAACAACCGGCCACGUGUUCAAUUUGGAAGGCGCAGGGUGGUGGGGGGGUGCCACGCCACAGUAUGCUGUCUACGGCGCCACCAAGUGGCUGGUGUUGACGGAUCUGCUGCUGAGUGGGGCGACGGUGGCCAACAAGCAAGCAUUCAACAUCGUGGGGGAACACCCCGAGACAGUCGCUCGUGUGCUUGUGCCCCAGGUGAUGUGCGGGUUGGUGCUGAUGGAUCUGCUGCUGAGUGGAGCAACGGUGGCCAACAAGCAAGCAUUCGACAUCGUGGGGGAACACCCCGAGACUGUUGCACGCGUGCUCGUUCCCCAGGUGCUGAGUCAGGUGGUUCUUCAGGUGGCUCAGAUGCGCACUGUAAGGGGUACAGGGUCCACAGUGAGCUACCUCACACCGCCCCGCAUAGUCCUGGCCAUCCUAUCUGCCUGGAUGCGCAGAGGCCGCUGGUUUGACCAAGAGGUGUAUGCACUGGACUUAUUACACGGUUCUCCUCCGUUUACAGGCUGUGGUAUUUCGCGUGAUGACCUGGUGCUACUUGGUGAGCGCCAAGCGACGUCGAAGUUGCAAUCGACAACGGAGCUUGAAGCUGGUCCCACAACACUGGGAUUUCGAGGCGAAGCACUCUACUCAAUCAUGGGCCUCUCCCUGGUCGAGAUUGUGACUCGUCCUAAGGGGUCUGCUUGCACUUACUGCAAGAUUUGUAAGGGUGGAAGAACGCUCUCUGUUGGGAUGACGAAGAAGCUGAGAUCAACUGGCACGACAGUGAUUGUUCAAGACAUAUUCUUCAACCAACCAGUCAGGAGACAGCUAGUGGAGAAGAACUUAUCAAAGGAGAUUCAGAGCAUCAGGGACAGAGUUGGUCAUUUGGCAUUCAUGUAUCCUCAAGUUUCAUUCAUGGUGUCGGAUGUUGCUAGGAGCAAGACUCUGCUAUCCUUGCCUGGUGGAAGGUCGGUGGGUUCCAGCAUAAAAGAUGUGUUCGGAGCUACCAUUUUUGAGUCAAUGAAAGAGAUUGACUAUCAGAAGGGUGACUUAAGACUGUCCGGCUUCAUCUCACGGCUGGUGCAACAUGAGUCCUCAAGAGAUAUACAAUACUUAUACAUCAACAAGCGGCUGGUGAAGCACACUCGAUUCCACAAAUUGAUGAACUCCAGCUUUGCCACAUCGCUCAGCUUACACUCAGAAGGAGGCGCAGAAUUAACUGCUUUUCAGGACUUGAUGUUCGUUGUUAACCUGUCAUGCCCACGGUCCUCUUAUGACAUCAUGUUUGAGCCUACAAAGACAUAUGUGGAGUUUAAGAACUGGAAGGCUGUUUUGGAGUUUCUUCAAGAAGUCUUGGGUGCUGUGUGGCCUUCCAGCAGACCACCUUUGCCUGAACCUGAAGCAGGACUGAUGAUGCAACCCAGAAAGAAGAAAAGUCAGAAGUCAUGGCAGAAGACUGAUCCCAGUUACCGCCCAAGCCACCCUAUGACAUUAACCAGCAAAUCAAGCAAGCACACACAUGGUAGCAGCCACCUGUUUCUUCUUGAAGAAUCAGGCGAAACGUCACAUGAAGAAUGCCCCGGCUCAGCGUACAAAGUUGAUCGGCUAAAAUCUACAAUGAAUCUGCGUUCCAGGGCUUUCCAAGGCAACAUCACAAAGAAAGACAGCAGAUGUGAAGAGAAUACUGACCAAGCUAGGGCGUCCACUUUGCAUGGAGAUCUUGACAACUCAAGCGAGUGCACUCCUCGGCCCUUCUCUCAGCACGAUUCUGAUCCAGAGCUCUCCCCGUUUGCAUCAGCAAGGGACUCGUUACUUCCGCUUACAAGAUCGAAAGGGAGCUUGAGUAGGCCAUUGGAAGGUCAUGACACGGACUUGCCUGCUUCCGAUGGGCUUGAGUGGUCCUUGGCUCUACAGCUGCAGCCAGAUGGGAUGGACUUUGAAACUUCACGGUGUCUCUUUGGAAGAACAGGCCACGAUGAUCAGCAACCUCUGGAGCCCAUGCCCAAGCGAAGAAAAAAAGCAUCACCGGAAGAGAAACGUCAUUCUGAAGGCGAUGGGCCUUCACACUGGUCAUCAAUGAUCAAUCCAAAAGUGGUUUCAGAUGACUUGAUGCUGGCUGGUAUGGAGCACCUUCAGGACAUUCAGCUGCAGAGGCCGAUGAAUGAGUACAGGACCAGUAAAUCAGCCUCCUUGAAGACUGCGCCUGAUUUUCCUGCUGUUGGCUCGCUUGAGUUUCAACAAGCAGUCGAGUUCAUUGAUCCGCCUAUUGAAACCCAAGUUGACCCAUCAAGCAAUCUGGAGCAAUGUAACAAGCAGAAGGCAUGGGGUCUGGUUGCCUGUGGAGGUAAGCAGAUUGAAUAUAUUAUAAGUUUUCCAGUUCUGAAAAUACAAUUUCGGCUGAAACAGCAUGUUGCUGACAAAGUUGCAGGUGCAUCUGAGACAGCAAAAUCAGCAAAGGAAAGUUUUCAAGAGCAUGGCUUGACCCCUGGAGCUCUGGCUUCUUCACCUUUGGUGAUUGCAGAGGAAACAGGCAGCGAGCAGAAGCAUGCAUGUGCACUGCCUAUGGCUGAAAAGACUGCUGGACCAGUUGAAUGCAGAGAAGAAUCUGUUCCAGCACCAGCGCAUCUGGCUAUUGAAGAAGCUCAACACGCUGAUGAAGUGGCAGGCUGUUGCUGCUCAUCCAAGUGGAGAGAUGGGCAUGCGCCUGCAUGCACUGAUAAGAACGAUCUAGGGUUGACAAAGUCUGUGAAGGAAAUGUACCAGCAUUGGUGCAAGACCAGCCUUGGCGAGAAGGAAGAGGUGGAGCCAGAAAUUCUGGACUUACAGACACUGGCUUCCAGGUCCAUGCAGUUUGAUAGUCACAGAAGGCAACGUCGCCCCCUGAUUCCAACUUCUGCUUCCAAAGAGACACUGCUUCAAGCAAAGUGCCUGAAGCAGGUGGAUGGGAAGUUUCUGAUUGCCACUUCUGGCUCAACCGUGGUCGCCAUUGAUCAGCAUGCGGCAGAUGAAAGGGUUUGUCUCGAGGAGCUCCGCAAGGAGGUUUUGGAGAAUCAGUCAGCCGUAGUGCCACUACUCCUUGAUACACCCUCUGACUUGCCAAUCACAGCAGGGCAAGAAGGGUGCCUGAGCUUCAAGAAACUGGUGGCCUUGCAUCUACACCGCCACGGGCAGUUGUGCAAUUGCUGGCAUCAAAAGCUUGUAGAGGUGCCAUCAUGUUUGGAGACAUGCUGA